ACGAAAGAACAUCAUGAUCUUCUUCCUUCACCGCAUCAAGCCCUGUUCACACUUCUUCCCACUCCCAUUAUUCCAAGAACCAUCCGACAAAAUGAAGCUCAGAGCUUUAUAUUCCUCCGAUCCCACUCGUGUUCUUCUUGAUCAGGGUAUCCUUGCCCACUGUCUACUUUCUUCCCUAUUAUUCCUUCCCCCUUCUGCUUUUCACUCUUCUGUCUGUUCAAUCACUCAAAAUUGAGUCUUGGUGUUGGUUCCUUACAUUCUCUAAUGUAGUCUUGAUGAAGAGAAGCUUUUGAUACCCCUCUGGUAUUAUUCUUGAUUUUCAAUAGUUGAAUCUUUUGCAGAUGCUUAUUUUGCUUCCUUCUGGUAAUAUGCAGCCUCAAAGUUGAGUCUUUUCACAAUUUUUUUUUUUUUUUUUUAAACUCUUUUUGGUAGUCUACUUCAUCAAUCUUUGCUGCUUUUACUUAUUUUGUUUCCUUCUGGUAAUCUGCAACCUCAAAGUUGAGUAUUUUCACAAAAAUUUACUCUUUUUGGUAGUCUUGCACCCUCUGGGUGGGUAGUCAGUACUAACAUGAAGGUUGCUGUGAACACAUUCUUGUUGUUUUUGUGCUCCACUUCAUCAAUCUAUGCUGCUUUUGCUUUGAAUUCUGAUGGAGCAGCUCUGCUCUCACUCACUAGACAUUGGACUUCAAUCCCUUCUGACAUAACCCAGAGCUGGAAUGCUUCAGAUUCCACUCCUUGUUCAUGGCUGGGAGUAGAAUGUGACAGGAGACAAUUUGUUGAUACUCUGAACCUCUCCUCCUAUGGAAUCUCAGGCGAAUUCGGGCCCGAAAUCUCGCAUUUGAAGCAUUUGAAGAAGGUUGUUCUCAGUGGCAAUGGUUUCUUUGGCUCAAUUCCUUCCCAGCUAGGCAAUUGCAGUCUUCUUGAACACAUAGAUCUGUCCUCCAACAGCUUUACUGGUAAUAUCCCUGACACCCUUGGAGCUUUGCAGAAUUUAAGGAACUUAAGCCUGUUCUUUAAUUCUCUGAUUGGCCCAUUUCCUGAGUCUUUACUUUCAAUUCCACAUUUAGAAACUGUUUAUUUCACUGGCAAUGGUCUUAAUGGUUCAAUCCCUUCAAAUAUUGGAAACAUGAGUGAGCUUACAACUCUGUGGCUUGAUGAUAAUCAAUUUUCAGGGCCAGUGCCUUCAUCCUUAGGAAACAUUACCACCCUGCAAGAACUUUAUUUGAAUGAUAACAAUCUUGUUGGAACCUUGCCUGUCACUUUAAAUAAUCUCGAGAACCUUGUUUACUUAGAUGUAAGGAAUAACAGUUUAGUGGGAGCUAUUCCUUUGGACUUUGUUAGUUGCAAACAGAUUGACACGAUUAGCUUGUCCAACAACCAAUUCACGGGAGGACUCCCACCUGGUUUGGGAAAUUGCACUAGCUUAAGGGAAUUCGGUGCCUUUUCUUGUGCCUUGAGUGGUCCUAUACCUUCCUGUUUUGGCCAACUCACUAAGUUAGACACUCUUUACCUUGCUGGAAACCAUUUUUCGGGAAGAAUACCACCCGAGCUAGGCAAGUGCAAGUCCAUGAUUGAUUUGCAACUUCAACAAAAUCAACUUGAGGGUGAAAUUCCGGGUGAACUAGGGAUGCUCAGUCAAUUGCAAUAUCUCCAUCUAUAUACCAACAAUUUAUCUGGUGAAGUUCCACUCAGCAUUUGGAAAAUUCAAAGCCUCCAAAGUCUUCAGUUGUACCAAAACAAUCUCUCCGGGGAGCUACCUGUUGAUAUGACCGAGCUAAAGCAACUAGUGAGCCUUGCCUUAUAUGAAAACCAUUUUACUGGAGUUAUUCCUCAAGAUUUGGGGGCUAACAGCAGUUUAGAGGUUCUAGAUUUGACCAGAAACAUGUUCACAGGUCAUAUUCCACCGAACCUAUGCUCCCAAAAGAAACUGAAGAGACUGCUCUUGGGUUAUAACUAUCUGGAAGGUAGUGUUCCUUCUGAUUUGGGGGGCUGUUCCACUUUGGAAAGGCUAAUUCUCGAAGAGAAUAACCUCAGAGGUGGCCUCCCAGAUUUUGUUGAGAAGCAAAAUCUUCUGUUCUUUGAUCUUAGUGGCAAUAACUUCACUGGACCGAUACCUCCAAGCUUAGGAAACCUAAAAAAUGUUACUGCCAUUUACUUGUCAUCGAAUCAGCUCUCAGGGAGUAUCCCACCCGAGCUUGGUAGCCUUGUGAAACUUGAACAUUUGAACCUUUCUCACAACAUCCUUAAAGGUAUACUUCCAUCUGAACUGUCGAACUGUCAUAAACUGUCAGAACUUGAUGCGAGUCACAAUUUGUUGAAUGGCUCUAUUCCAUCCACUUUAGGAAGCUUGACAGAACUGACCAAAUUGAGUCUCGGUGAGAACAGUUUCUCAGGAGGUAUUCCAACUUCAUUGUUCCAAUCCAAUAAGCUCUUAAAUCUGCAGCUCGGUGGAAAUUUACUAGCUGGAGAUAUUCCACCAGUGGGAGCUUUGCAGGCACUGAGGUCAUUAAAUUUGAGCAGUAACAAACUGAAUGGUCAACUCCCUAUAGAUCUAGGGAAAUUAAAGAUGCUAGAGGAAUUGGAUGUAUCUCACAACAAUCUAUCUGGUACGUUGAGAGUUUUGUCUACAAUCCAAUCAUUGACAUUCAUCAACAUUUCUCACAAUCUGUUUUCUGGCCCCGUACCACCUUCAUUGACCAAGUUCUUGAACUCAUCUCCCACUUCAUUUUCCGGGAACUCUGACCUUUGUAUUAACUGCCCUGCUGAUGGCUUAGCUUGCCCGGAGAGCAGCAUUUUGCGACCAUGUAAUAUGCAAUCCAACACUGGGAAGGGUGGCCUUAGUACUUUGGGAAUAGCAAUGAUAGUUCUUGGGGCAUUGUUAUUUAUCAUCUGUCUAUUCCUUUUCUCUGCUUUCCUGUUUCUACAUUGCAAAAAAUCAGUACAAGAAAUAGCAAUUUCUGCUCAAGAGGGUGAUGGUUCCUUGCUCAAUAAAGUAUUGGAAGCUACAGAGAAUCUAAAUGAUAAGUAUGUUAUUGGGAAGGGAGCACAUGGAACAAUAUACAAGGCCACAUUAAGUCCAGAUAAAGUGUAUGCUGUGAAAAAGCUUGUGUUUACUGGGAUCAAGAAUGGAAGUGUAAGCAUGGUUCGGGAAAUUGAAACAAUUGGGAAAGUCAGGCACCGGAAUCUUAUUAAACUGGAAGAGUUUUGGCUGAGAAAGGAGUAUGGACUAAUUCUAUACACUUAUAUGGAAAAUGGCAGCCUUCAUGAUAUCCUCCAUGAGACAAAUCCUCCUAAGCCGUUAGAUUGGAGCACACGUCAUAAUAUUGCUGUAGGGACUGCCCAUGGACUUGCGUAUCUCCAUUUUGACUGUGAUCCUGCCAUUGUGCAUCGAGAUAUUAAACCGAUGAAUAUCCUGUUAGACUCUGAUCUCGAGCCUCACAUUUCAGACUUUGGCAUUGCCAAGCUUCUGGAUCAGUCUGCUACUUCAAUCCCGUCCAACACAGUUCAAGGGACAAUCGGCUAUAUGGCUCCAGAAAAUGCAUUCACUACUGUGAAGAGCAGAGAGUCAGAUGUAUACAGUUAUGGGGUCGUUCUGUUGGAAUUGAUAACUCGUAAGAAGGCCUUGGAUCCUUCGUUCAAUGGUGAAACCGAUAUUGUUGGCUGGGUUAGGUCGGUUUGGACACAAACUGGAGAAAUUCAGAAGAUAGUGGAUCCGAGCCUUUUGGAUGAAUUGAUAGAUUCCAGCGUGAUGGAACAAGUAACUGAAGCGCUUUCACUGGCUUUGAGGUGUGCAGAGAAGGAGGUGGACAAAAGACCCACAAUGAGAGAUGUAGUGAAGCAACUAACACGCUGGAGCAUACGCUCCUAUUCGUCGAGUGUUAGAAACAAGUCUAAGUAGAUAUCUUGCAGUCUUUGUAGGCUUGUAGCAAUUAGCUCAAAUGUAAUGUGGUGGGUUGCAAAUCAGCAUUACCUCAACCCACAUUACCAAUUUAUCUAACAACGGUCUAAUGAUAUCGGGGUGUUAAACAACCCAGAUAUUCAUGAUUGCAUGUACAAACACUGUUUACAAUUAUAUGUACCAGCUGAUUUGCAUAGGAAAAACAUUAUCAA